AUACAAUUAGCUUCACUUGAUCGAAAUCCCCUGCACUAGAAGCGUGUGGCGAAGCUGCUUAAGUUUUCACUGAAAAUCAACUUUUAGCAAUGUCAUUCGUCACCGUCAGUCCGGACAGUCACUUCCCAAUUCAAAAUCUACCUUAUGGUAUAUUUUCUACACCUGAUAACCCACGCAACAGAAUUGGUGUUGCUAUUGGUGACCAGAUAUUAGACCUGACUCAGGUAAAACAUUUCUUCGAUGGAGCAGAACUCAAGUCUCAACAGGCUGUCUUUGAUGAGCCAACUCUGAACAGUUUUAUGGCCUUGGGUCGAGCAGCGUGGCAAGAAGCAAGAGGUGUUCUACAGAAGAUUCUCUCGGUGUCUGAUGGCGUGCUGCGAGACAAUGCCGAACUUAGAGCGAAAGCGUUUGUCCCCCAAAGUCAAGCUACAAUGCAUCUACCAGCCAAGAUUGGUGACUACACCGACUUCUACUCUUCCAAGUACCAUGCAUACAAUGUCGGCGUCAUGUUCCGAGGUCCAGAAAAUGCUCUCAUGCCCAACUGGACACACCUUCCAGUUGGUUAUCACGGCCGAGCUUCCUCAGUGGUUGUGUCAGGGACUCCCAUCAGACGACCCAAUGGUCAAACAAGGCCUGAUGAUACUAAGCCGCCAGUGUUUGGUCCGUGUAAGCUGAUGGACAUUGAGCUGGAGAUGGCUUUCUUUGUGGGUGGCCCGUCCAACAAGCUUGGAGAACCUAUCCCCAUCAGCAAGACGGAGGAUCACAUCUUCGGGAUGGUGGUCAUGAAUGACUGGAGUGCUCGGGAUAUACAGAAGUGGGAGUACGUUCCUCUUGGGCCAUUCCUUGGGAAGAACCAUGGCACCAGCAUCUCCCCAUGGGUUGUCACCAUGGACGCCUUGGCGCCUUUCAGGGUGCCCAAUCAGCCUCAGGAUCCGACUCCCCUGCCCUAUCUUCAACAUGACGACCCCUUCGCCUUCAACAUCAACCUUGAAGUCAUGCUCAAUUUUGAAGGUUUACCCAAGCCAGCAACUGUGGCCCGCAGUAAUUUCAAGUACGUGUACUGGUCAAUGAAGCAGCAGCUUGCCCACCACACCAUCACUGGCUGCAACGUCAAUGCAGGCGACCUCAUGGCCUCGGGGACCAUCAGUGGCGAGACUCCAGAUUCGUAUGGAAGUUUCCUGGAGUUAUGCUGGAAGGGGACGAAGCCAGUGGAUCUGGGAAACGGAAUCACACGCAAAUUCCUGCAGGAUGGAGAUGAGGCUAUUCUCACAGGUUACUGUGAAGGUGAAGGUUAUCGUGUCGGCUUUGGAACAUGCACUGGAAAGGUUUUACCUGCUCUACAGCUGUAGACCGUCUUAUGCCAUCAAGACGUCAAUAACUCCUCGACCGACAUGCACUAAGUGAUCUUAGCGCUAAGACUAACUCCCAGAUUUUAACAUAGACGUGUAAUACUCUUGGUGCUAAAAUUGCUUUGUGCAGGUGGGCCCUGGUUGUGUUCAGCCAUUACUAUAUGUGCCUUAAUUCAAUGAUCUGACUACUGAAGCUACCCUCAGGGGUAUGUGUACUAACACUGUUGCAGCAGGUAUAUCUGUAUAUGUUAAUCAAGUCGUUACACUAAUAAAGGGAUUUGCAAGGAUACUGAUAGAGGGAUUUGCAAGGAUACUGAUAGAACAUUCCAGGGUAGCAGAAUAUAGAGAGAAAGUCAUCGAGUGACAUGAUUCUGUUUGUGCUUUCAUUAGUACCCAGGGUCCGGUUCCUCAAAGCAAUCUUGGUGCUGUGACUGUCGUAAACCUAUGUUAAAGAAUGGUUAUUAUGAUCAUCUUAGCACUAAGAUUGCUUUAUGGAACAUUGCCCAGAUCUAGAGUGAAAAUGUCAGUGUAACCAGGUCAAAUGGUUAGAUGAACAUGGAUGUAACUUGACAAGAAUGACAAUUUUUAUAUGAUGAUGAAUUUUCUUACUAUUCUUAGUCCCCAAACCAGGCUUUCUACCAGUGUUCUUUCACCCCAUCAAAAUUUCAAUUUUAUGUUUUCAGAAAAGAAAGACAUAUCUUGCAUAUGGAUCCAUAUCUCACAAUGUCUUAGCUCACAAAAAAGCCAUGACAUAGUUCCUUAAUUAAGUGAUAUUGUAUUCCAUAAGUAUUUUGAAUCCCCACAUGGGAACAAUGUGUGAAGCCUAUUUCUGGUGUCGCCCCGUUGUGAUAUUGCUAAAAAAAAACGGCAUAAAACCAUACUCACUCACACACUCACUCUAUAAAUAUUGUUAAGGUGUUAUAUGAUAUUGUAUAAUACAGUUAACGGUACUGGUAGGUAUAAACUGUACUUGGUAAGUACAUGCUGCAAACAGAAAACAUAUUGUUGUGGAAUUGUGCAUUUGUCUAAACUACAGUAUUAAGUUACGGAUGUGUGGAUCAAUUAUAUUGACAUUGUCCAGCAUGAGCUAUUAACAGUGUAUGCACACUUGAAUGUGCACUUAAAGGUUGAUUAGAAUUGCAGGUUUCCUCUGUAGAAUUGUGGCAUUGCCAAGUGCACUUUUAGCUUUUAUAAAUUCUGGCGCUGCAAGAGACAUGGGAAAUCUGUAAAAAGUUGCAUAUGUGUUUUAUUAGAAAGUGUCAUAUUUGGAAUGUAUGGUUACACAGGCAUAUUGAUAUGGAUAUUGCAGUAUUUUUAUGACAAUUGGUUGCUCCUGGCAGCUAACAGGAUGGUAUUUGGUGUGUACAUUUUGAAUGGUGAUGACAUGUGUAAAACAGAAAUAUACAAAAGGCCUUUCUACUCCUAUGCACAAGUCUCUAGCUUCUACAUGUUGAAGUGAGAAUAUAUAUAAGUGUGAUAAGUGAGUAUAACAGGAUGGGUUAUGAAAUGAACUACUCAAAAUAAGUUAAGGACCCCCCAAUUCUCUCAUAUUACUAUAGUUGAUCUGUCAUGGCAUAUAUGUAAUAGUAACUUGAAAGAAUCAGAAGGUCCUUAACUUUUUUAGUAGUAUAUAAAGAAAAUGAUGAGGUCACUUGGAACAGGUAUAAUUAGUUUUUAUUUAUCAUUAGUGUGCUGGGGGGAAUUUUUGCGACACAGAAUGGUUUUGUAAACGAUUACAUGUGAAAAGUUCAGGACAGUUGACACAAAUUUAUUCUUCUUUUUUUUAUUUGUAUGAAAAUUAUGUCUAUUUUGAAGUCUGAACAGUUUAAAAAAAAAUGUAAAUCAAGUUAAUUGUGUUGUUUAGAGUAAGUUUGUUUGAGUUUUUCUGAAAACUUCAGCAAUAUUCCAGCUAUAAGUGGUUUGAGUAAGUGAAGUCAAAUAAAACAAUUGGAUGUUGUUAUGGCAAUGAUCUGUCUUCAGUUCAGCAAGCCUGCCAUCUUCCCGAGGCAAAAGGGUUAACUGACUAUAAAAGUCAAGUUUCCAUCCUUGCCAAACUAGGCUGGAAUUAUGGAGUUAUAUUUUGGUCGACUAAGGAGUCUAUGCAUAGUCAAUCAAAUUCGCGUAACAAAAGCAACAUCCAGUUUGUAAACUGCCAUGAAGAUUUCGGUUCGAUUGCAGGAUUUGCAAGGAAUGUGUACUGCCUCAACAUAUAUAUUCCAAAUCUUUUAAUUUUUUUAAACAAGGUGAUAACAUGAUUUGAUGCACUGUGCACAGUAAGACCCGUUUUAUUACAACAAAGAUCUUGGUUAUCGAUCAAAUUGUCUUCACUGGGCGCCGCAAGUUUGGUUGAAGCAAAUGAAAGUGAUAUGAGAGGUGGAAUCUGAUUGGCCAAUAGGAGAGAUUUAAAAGGGAAAAUAUCUCAUAAUAGCCACUGGUGGCACUACGAUUGAGCCCAGAAAUUCCAGCCUAGUUCGGCAAGGGUGGAAACUGGACUUUUACAGUCAGUUAACUCUCUUGCCUCAGGAAGCCAACUUGAAUGGGUUUUUGCAGUGUUUUAACGGCCUUGUUUCAUAAUGAUAAAUCGACUUGUAAUCAGUGGAUUAGGUGUUGAAAUUUAGGAGUGUGUGAUUAUAUGGCUUUUGGUGCUUUGUUGUAGGUAGGCAUUUGUUAUGUGGAUGUUUAUUGUUUGUUUUGAAUACACAGUGCACGCACAAUCUUAUUUUACUUCAUUAGAGGUGUGAAAAUGUGUUACUAGAUAUUUAUUCUAGAUGAAAGGAAAUAUUGAGUUUGUAUUUUUGGUUGAUUUGAAUAUUCAUUCAUUUAAAUACUUAUGUGUUAUACAUGAAUAAUAUAAGAUCAAUGAAAUAUGCAUUUAGACUUACAUGUGGUACCGGUUGAAACUGAUUUUCUGCUUUUUUUAAACAUAUUUAGCAAUACAUCUUUUUCUAAUCCUUUAGGAACCAAAAAUAAAUUAUUUGAUAUUACAGAAAUGUUAUCUGUGGUAAUUUUCUACAUUAUUAAUUAAUUAUUAAUUUCAUAAACACAAGUAAUGCCAGGUUAUGUUUUCAUAAGGCAGCUUCCUAUAUUGAAUGUCAAGAUUCACAGGCGAGUGGUAAAUGUGACUUAGUAUUAACUCAAAACACAAAAUUGUUUAAAUUAUUAGUUUGUUUCCCAGACUAUUAUUUUUUAAAUUCAAUGUUUUGGUGUGGAACGAUAUUUUAGCUGAACAGUAAUAAAGAAUUUCUGUAUUGCUGAAAAA